CGUCACGGGCGCGCCGGAUGUGCGUCAGUGGGCGGCGCGCGCGAUCCGGCCCGUCCCGUCCCGUCCCGCGCGGCCGCCGCGAUGAACAGCGUGGGCGAGGCGUGCACGGAGCUGAAGCGCGAGUACGACCAGUGCUUCAACCGCUGGUUCGCCGAGAAGUUCCUCAAGGGCGACAGCGCCGGCGAUCCCUGCGGGCAGCUCUUCAAGCGCUACCAGCUCUGCGUGCAGAAAGCAAUCAAGGAGAAGGAUAUACCCAUUGAGGGCCUGGAGUUCAUGGGCCCUAGUAAAGGAAAAACUGAAAACUCCUCUUGAUAUUGGCUGUAUGGGUGGAGUCACUAAGAGGAGCCUUUGGACUAAGCACCAUCACCAGGUGGACCACAGAUGCCACCUGGAUAAGACUUUUAACUGCUUUCUAGAAAGUGACAAAUGUUCUCUGCUUGUGAACACAAACAGCUAAAAGAAAAAAAGACUGGAUCAUGUGGUAACUGCUGCCUCCUUUCCAGUGAAAGUUGGUGGUGGUUCAGCAUAUAACAGCUUAAAAAUCCAUGUGAACCAACUUCCCACUGAAUGUACUCUGUAAUGGGGGAAUGCUGGUUGGAGUGGGCUGAAACGGUUUCUUUGUGACUGAUUCCUUUUGCUUAUUUAUAUAACACUUGGAAGUGUUUAAAAAUAAUAUGAAGGGGGUUGGUGUACUUUCAUCUAUAUGCUGCUGAAUUUUGGUGAAGAAGUUCAUUUCAUAUCAUCCUGAAUCCUGAAGGGCUUGAGCACUGUUUUGUGUCAGCUACAGAGAUGGUUUAAAGCACUAGUGGACCUGCAACAGCUUGGCUAAAAUAAAUAUAACCAGGUUAUAUUUUGUUCAAGUAGGUAACUGUGCAGUGGAGUCUGAUUGUGACCCCUGGAGGGAUGGAGUGGCCUGCUCAGCAGCUAAGAGAAGACUUCUAAUGCAGAGGUUACUUCAGCCUUUUCUGAGGUACCAACACAUCCCUGAACUUGAAUUCUCUCUCCUUUAGCAUUACACAUUUCUAUGGUUUGAUCCUCACACAGGGAUGGGGCAAAACUUGCCCCUCUCCUUACACUAACAGAGGUUAAAAGAGUAAAAGAGAUUAUGGUCUGGGGACAAAAGAUACCUUCAUAGUUCUAGAAUUACAGUGAGGAAAAAAGAAAGCUUCGCUCUCUGCUUUUAAUUAUUACUAAUUAUUUAAAGGUUUUACUUAAAAAAAACAAACUAAAAAGGUGAGCUGUCAAACAUUACAGCUGGCCUGUCUGCACCAUUGCCCCUCACAGACCACAGACACUGAGUCCUGUGGGUUUGUGCUGCAGCCUGAGGCUGUUUUUCCUUGCCAGUCACAUACCCAGGUGAGCCACACUGUUCUCAGGCGCAGAGAGCUCCUACAGUGCCAGCACAGGGGUUAAAGACAGCACUGAAAAUCCAGGCUGUUGGCAAAUGCUGUGUCACUCAGGUAUAAAUAAAAACAGGUGUAAGGGAAGGAUCUAAAAUAGCAUUUUGGAGACAGUCAACUACGUAGCUUUUUUUUUUUUUUUUUGAGGAGUAACACACAAAACCAGUUAGCUUUUCUGUGAUCUUCAUGUAGGGCUAAAUGUAAUGUGACUUGGUCAGCUUUAAAACAACUGUACACAUCAGUGCCUUGUAAUUUCAACACAGGAAAACUUGCCUCAGCAAUCUUUUACUGCUAAGCAGACAAAAAUCACAUGGAAGGGCAUCCUGCAGUAGCCACUCUGAGAUUCUCUCCUGCCAUCCAUCACUCCUUUUAACAGCAAGAUGCCAAAGCGGCUGCUGCGUUCUGCCUUUUGGGAAGAACAUUAAUGACAACUGAGAUGGAGCUCAGUUUCACAUUGUGCAAAAAUACAGAAGUUAGAGUAAGAACUGGAAAAUGGUUGACUUGUAAUGAGCAAAAACUUGAAAAUGAAGGUUGUACAGGCUCAGGCUGUUGGCUCACCAAUCCCUUCUACUUCAAGCAGCUUCUGCAUGACACAGUACAGGUUAUACACACAAGCAGUAGAGCCAAAAUUGUGUUUUCUUCUGCAAAACCUGUGUGAGAGACUUUGUACAGAUUGCAGCUUUGUGGAAAGCAGAGUGGUGAGCAAGAUAUGUGCUGAUGUACCUGAAAAUUUGAGUGCUGGAAGUGAACAGUGUGAAGGUAGAGCUUAGCUCAACAUCUUUGCUGCCACUCCCUCUGCCAGAAGGGACCAAGAGAAAAUCACCUUCAUGACUAUUAAUAAAUAUUGCAAAAGCUGA